CAUGGUGUAGCACUUUAAAUUCAGUUCGCAUCUCCUACCGCUAGAUGGUAUUUAACAUUUUGAGCAAUCUUAUUUUCUAUGGUGAAUAGAAUAACAUUGUUGGAAGUAAUAUUUAACAACAAGUGUUGCAAAAGCGAUAUUAAUUUCACCUCGGUUGUCACUAAUUCUUGAAGAACUUAUAUGACUGUUUAAAGUAUUAUAUCCAUCAAUCAAAUAAUUAUAAUAUAUUAAAAAUUAUAAUUAAAAAAUAGUGAUCUAUAAUUUUUACAUUUUGCAUUUAAUAAUUUUAUAAUAAUGCUUGCACACAAAGUGAUACGACAAAGACACAUUUUUAAUUCACAGUUGAAUUAUUUAUUGAAGAAAUAUUCAAAGCAAGCAACAGCGGGUGAAACCAAACACCAAUAUGAAAAACUUUCUUUUCCACCUGUUGUAGAAAAGAAACCAAAGAAUGAAUCAGUUAUAUUUUCUCUACUUACAGGAAGUAUAAAACCAGAAAUGCUUGCUUUUCCUGAAGUGUUGCCUGGUGAUAGAUAUAAAGAAUUCCAUAAUUGGUUAGAUCCUAUUGAAAAUUAUGUAUUAAGUUGUACUAAUACAAAUACAAAAUUAAAUAAAGAAGAGGUAAUAUAUCAUCUUAGAGAACUUGAAUUAUUUCGGGCAUGUAUGGAAGAAGAUCAUGGUUUAAAUCUUUGUGAAACAGAAUCAUUGAGACUAAUAGAAGCAGUCAGUACAUUGCCUUGGUUGGGCACCUAUUUAGUAAAGAACAACAUUGUACCUCUUAAAAUACUUUCUAAGUAUGGAUCAGUAAGUCAAAAGCAAGAGUAUUAUCCAAAAAUAGCAACUGGCGAAAUUGUUCCUACAAUCUGUAUACAUGAAGGUGAUAACGGGACUAAUGUUAAUAACAUAAAAAGUCAUGCUGUACCAAUUGAAGGAAAAUCAUGGUUAUUAAAUGGUGAAAAAACGUUUGUAGUCAAUGGAGUAAGUGCUAAUCUGUUUUUAGUUUUUGCGAGGACCAUAUCUAAAACUUCAUGUAAGCUUCAACCAGAUUCAUUUUCUUUAUUCUUAGUAGAAAAAGAUAAUGAAAGUGUAGUCUGUAGUGAAGUUCAUGAAACAGUUGGUAGACACGAAAUUCCUACCUGUACAAUUAGUUUUAAAGAUGUAGUAAUACCUGAGAAAAAUAUCAUUGGUGAACCUGGUACUGCAUUUAAUAUAUUACUGGAACUGUUAAAACCAGGAGAACAAUAUUUGAGUGCACAAGCUAUUAGUAUUCUGCGAAAUUUCCUGAAUCUGUUAAUAACAGAUAUUCUGAAAACCAAGCAUUUUGACAGAGAUCUAUAUCAGUUUGAUAUAGUAAAAAACAUUGUAAGUGAAAUGAUUUAUAAUCUGUAUACCAUGGAAAGUAUGGCAUACUUUACAUUUGGAUUAAUAGAUAAAUAUGAAAAUCAAGAUGUUACCCUUGAAAAAGUAAUCACAGAAAGAUAUUGUGUAAAUAAAUGUUUAAAUGGUGUUCAAGCAGGAAUACAAUUAAUGGGUGCCCACAGUUACUUAAAUAAUACAUCAUAUAUACAGACAUUUCAUGAUGCUUUGGCUUUAUCAACAGUUGAUAUGAAUAAUAUGGAUGCAGAUACAUAUAUAGGAGCAGGUGUUAUACAACAAAUUGGAAAGAUUUUUCAAGAACACAUAUACAAAAAAAGGAAUUAUCAUAAGUAUCCUAUAUAUCACCUCAUAGACAAUUUAAUUGGUAAGGCUGAACCAGAUAUAAACAUUGCAGAACAUUUUCAUCGAUCGUUAAAGUUCGGUCUUGAAAAUCUAGAAGUCAGUAUAAAAUUAUUUGUGGAAUCUCUUAAUAAAUUACUUCUUCAAGACGGAUUACAAAUUAUAGAUCAGAUUAAUACUCUUAAAGUAAUCACUGAAAUGAUAUCAGAAAUAUAUGGGGGAUUUGCCAGUUUGUCUCGCUCGUCGAGAUCUUAUUCUUUAGGUCUUCGAAAUGCAGAUAAGGAAAAAGAUAUAGGAGUAACUGCAGCAUAUCUUACAGCCUGUAAUAUAAAUGAGAUUGCACAACACAUUGAAACUGGCAAAUUUGACUAUAGAAACGCUUUUUAUAAAACUGCAAGCGAACACGCGUAUGCAAAUCAUAGAUAUUGUAUGACACAUCCUAUAACUAGAGCAACGUUUUAAUGUUAAGUUGUUAAUAGUAAUUUUCUGAACCGUAAAUUAAGUGUAUAUGUACAUAUCUUGUAUGUAUAUUAUAUAUUUAUGUAUGUAUUUGAAUGAUUCAAUAAUGUAAUUAAACAUAACUUAUAAGGAAAUGAG